UCGUAGAAAUUUGGAUACUGAAAUUGAUCAGUUGAAUAGAAAUUAUUAAUUCGUACAUACUAAGAAUUUUGAAAUCAUUCUUAAAUCAUUUUUUUUUCUUUUACUUCUGUAGAAACUAAGUUUGUAAACUGUUUGAUCUACAAUGUUAUAGAUUUGGGACACUGCUUAUUUUGUCUUUUUAAAGCAGCAUUCAUAAUUAUAAACCGUGGGAAUAAGUUUUCGCUAAAUAUACAUGAGACAAGAAAUUCCUUCGUGCAUGUAACAAUGGGUUGCCAGCAUACGAAAUCAGCAACAGAUGAUUGUUCUGGAAAAUGUGACGGUGUGAUUGAAGAGUCGAAUCAAGUCAUGAACUCGCAUGUGAUGGAACCAAUCGAAACAGUUGAAGUGACCCAGAAACAAAAAGAACUCAUUUUAGGAAUUUGGAAGGAGCUAGUAGACAAUAUUUCCAAUGUUGGUGUCAUUACAUUUAUGAAUUUGUUUGAAACUCACCCGGAUGUGCAGGACGUGUUCAUGCCCUUCAAAGGGUUAUCUCAAGAAGAGCUCAGACACAGCAAGGAGCUGCGAGCUCAUGGCCUGAGGGUCAUGGGAUUCGUCCAAAAAGUUGUUGCUCGACUCGACGAGCCGGAAAAGUCGGAACAAUUGCUGAAAGAACUAGGGAAGAACCAUGUGAUGUACGGCGCCAAAAUCGACUACGUAGAUCUGAUUGGGCCCCAGUUUGUGUACGCAGUGAAGCCCUCGCUCAAGGAGCAUUGGAACGAUGAGGUAGAAGAAGCUUGGAUACAACUUUUCAAAUAUAUGGCCAGCAUCAUGAAGAAGGCGAUGCUUGAGACCAAUAACUGCCAGGAGAAGAACUCGACCAAGUCCUAAAGGAAGCUGCCAGGGCUUCAUUCAAAAAGCUUUUACACGUGGAGUGUUAUCACAGCACCAUAAAGCUUGGACUAGCAAGUCCAUUUACACAGAUUGUCUUAUUUUCAUUUCAAAUGAACCAGACUUUUCAUUACAUUUCAAUUUUGGUUUGCAAAGCUUUAAUGCACUUAAGGAUUCUACUGUAAUCAUAUCUGGAAAAACUAUUCCAUUGUUUUUGUUGGAUUAAAAUCGCGAGUGUGUAUAUAUAUGUUGUGUAAUCUCAAGUUGGACUAGUUCUGGUUAUGCUUGGAAAUUAUUUUCGUCAUCAAUGGUUAUAUCUACUAGAUAUAUAAAGAUUGUUUCAUUUGAAAUGUUCACGGACAUUAUAAAGCUUUAGUUUACAUUUCGAAACUAUAUUUUAGUAUAAACAUUCUCAUGCAUGUUGCGUUAUUAUUAAUUUACUUUAGCUAUUUUAGGGAAAAACCUUCAUGUUUUAUAAUAAUUUUAAUUAAUUGAUUUUAUGCAAUUUAACAUCAACUUACAUAAUAUGUAUUAACAGAUUUUUAAACCGAUAUCGUAGGUAUGAGUGAUUAUUGCAUGUAAUCUCUUAGAAAUCGAGAAUGCUAUAUUUCUGAAUUCAAAAAAUGGAAUUACUUAAUAUAGGCGAAUGAUACGUGAAAUUGGCUUUUUUUAAAGCAAUACAAAUGAAAUAUGAAAGAAAAUAUUAUUGAAGAAUGUGGUUUAAAAGAAGGGGACAAAACCCAUUAUGAAAUUCCGACAAAUUCCUUUUUGUCCCAGGUAUCAAAAAUUUUUUUAAAUAAAAUCAGAAUUAUGGAUAAAAAAUUAAAAUAUGGAAGAUUAAAGAAGAAGAUUAAAUUUGAUUUUUUUUUAAAUUUGGAAGAUUAAAUUGCCAUUUUACAAAGGCUCUUUAACUAACUUCAACCACAUUAUAUGUCAUCUGAUGCCUAUCGAAAAAUGAAAAAUAAAUGCUUUGGAAUAUAUUUGAAUGAAAAAAACUUCAAGACAAAUCAAAAACAAAUUCCUCCAUAAUUAGGUUUAAUGUUUCUAUGGAAGAAUGCUAAAGAGAUGCGAUUGAACAUUUCCCAUUUCCAAAAAAAAAUAUCGCUUUAUUUCUACUUUUUAAUCUUUUAUAAAGCGCUAGAAAAAGAACAACCGAAUAUUAAAACGUCAAAAAGAUGCAGAGCUUCCAGUUUGUAUACUAA